CGGCUGACUAAAAGGGCUGAAGUGCGUGGGCUGUGGGUGACAUCUUGCACCCGUGCAAGGCGCACACAUCGUUCAGCGACCUCACUGCUGCAACCGAGCGCCGCAGCGAUUUAGAAUUAGUAAGCGCUGCGCAUAACAGACGUCAAGAUGACGAGGUGGCACGCACUGCUCCUAACAUGCGCAUGCGCCGCGGCCUUCGCGCCGACGCCGCCGCCGCGCGCGCCCCGACAGACGAAGGUCUACUUCUUCGACAAGCUCGCCGAGUCCAUCAAGGGCGCCACGGACCUGCUGAGCGGCAAGAGCCGCAUGACCGAGGCGAACACGAAGGGCGCGCUGCGGGACAUCCGACGCGCGCUGCUCGACGCCGACGUGAGCAAAGUUGUGGUAGACGACCUCGUCGAGCGCGUGACCAAGAACGCGCUCGGCGGCGAAGUCACCGAGGGCGUCGACCCCUCCCAGCAGUUCGUGAAGAUUGUCUAUGAUGAGUUGAAGCGCGCCAUGGGCGGCGACGACGAGGCCCUCAUGUCCGGCGGCGAGGGCGAGCAGUCCGUCCGGGCCGAGCUCGAAUAUAGGGAGGACGGCAAGCCCACCGUGGUGUUGCUUUGUGGGUUACAAGGCGCCGGUAAGACGACGGCCGCGGCGAAGUUGGCCUUGCGGUUGCAGCAGGAGGAGGGCCGCAAGCCGCUGCUGGUCGCGGCCGACGUCUACCGGCCCGCGGCCGUCGAGCAGCUCAAAUUGCUGGGCGAGCAGGUCGGCGUCCCGGUCUACGCCGAGGACUUCGAGCCGGGGCAGGGCAACGCCGUGGCCAUCGCCGAGCGGGGCCUCAAGGAGGCGCAGGCGAGAGAUGAUGUGGACGUGGUCGUCGUGGACACGGCGGGGCGGCAGGUCAUCGAGGCGGACCUGAUGCGGGAACUCCGGGACGUCCGGCAGGUGACGCAGCCCGACGAGACGCUGCUCGUGCUGGACGCGAUGACGGGCCAGGCCGCCGCGGGCGUGGCGAAGCAGUUCGACGACGCCGUGCCGCUGACCGGCGCCGUGCUGACGAAGUUGGAUGGUGACGCGCGGGGCGGCGCGGCGUUGUCGGUGCGGGCGGUUUGUGGGAGACCGAUCAAGUACGUCGGCGUCGGGGAAAGGGUUCAAGAUUUAGAACCGUUCUUCCCGGCGCGCAUGGCGAGCCGCAUCCUCGGCAUGGGCGACGUCGUGUCGCUCGUGGAAAAGGCGGAGCGCCUCCAGUCCAAAGACGACGCCGCGUCGCAGAUGGAGCGCAUCGUCGCGGGCAAGGCGACGUUUGACGACUUCCUCGAACAGACGAAGAUGAUGGCGAGCAUGGGCAAUUUACAAAAUGUGGCCAAGAUGAUGCCCGGGAUGGGCGGCCUCGACGCUGGUAAAUUGUCGGAGGCCGAGGCGCGCAUCAAAAUUCAGGAGUCCCUCAUCAUGUCGAUGACGCCCGCGGAGCGCCGCGACCCCGACCUCGUCAUCCGCUCGAAAAGCGCCCUGUCGCGGCAGCGGCGCAUCGCGCGCGGCGCCGGCCGCGACGCCGACGCGUCGCGGCGCUUCGUCAGCGAGUUCCAGCAGAUGCGCACGAUGAUGCAGAAGAUGGCCGCGGGCCAGAACCCCAACGCGCCACCAGGCCCUGAAGAUGGCCCGGCGCUGAACCGCGCGGCGCGGCGGACGAAGAAGAAGAAGUCCAAAAAGAAGAAGCUGACCGCUGGGUUUGGCUAAGGACAUGUGUUACAUACUAGAGG